GAUAAGCAUAUAAGCAGUAAAAAUCUUAUCCCUUCAAAAGGUUAUGGUGAGGCGCAAUUGGCCGCAGAACUAUUUGCAUGUGGAAACGAAAAUAUGCUUUGUAUUGCACCUCAAACUCAUGUAAUUUUUGAUCAAAUUAUAUUUGCUGUCAGGGUUAUUUCUGCAUAUUUUACAUUCUACAAGACUGUAAUCCCUAAAGAAUACUGGAAAGAACUUGAUUAUGGAUUACCACGUAAGGAGUCAAUUAUAAUUAAAAGAUGGCCAGAAGAUGUGCAUCCAACAGGUGGUCUGGAUAUCACGGAACCAAGUGGAAGGCAAAAUGUAUUGGGAGCUUUUUUCACAAUUCGUAAACUUCUUAUGCAAUAA